GGUAACCCGAGCUACAAACCCUAAACGCUACGUCUAAACUUUUCCGACCUUCUCUUUCAAUUCGGUGACUCCGCCGGCGGCGCGUAAGGGAUUCCGUCAGCGCGUGAGGGUACAGUUCGCGCGUGAUUCCUAGUUCACCGCUGACCUAUGCGUUGUUCGACCCGCAUUGGAGAGUUCACGCCGGAGGGACGGUGGAAUCUCACCGGACGGCCGUGAUUUCGCACCUCUAUGGCUUCCGCCGUCCUUGCUAACCGGAACGAACCGAAUUGGCCACAGCAUAGAGGCGGUGGAGCUGGAUUCAUGGGAAAAGUACCUUUUUCUAACCCUAACCCUAAUUCUAAUCCUAAAUUAGCGAAUAGCAAAAGGACCCAAUCGGCGUCCGACGAUGCUUCCUCUAUCAACAGGAGAUCGAACGACGCUGGCGUAAGUCACUCUCAAUACGUGUGCUUCAGCAUAUCUACGUGCACAAAGAAGGAGCUCAACGACAUCAAAAAUCGCCUUGUGUCGGAGCUUGAACAGGUUCGCAAGUGCAGAAAUCGAAUCGAAUCCGGCGAGUUACAGCCCGGGCAGAGCUCCAACGGCCACCCGAAGAAACCGUCAAGCAAAAAGGUUUCCGGCAACAAACGACCCUUACCGUUGAAUUCCGUUAAGGAAUUGAAACGGUCGCAUUCGGAAGUUGGGAACACGAUGAAGGUUUGCUCGCAGAUUUUGCAGAAGCUGAUGAAACACAAACAUGGGUGGAUCUUCAAUGUUCCUGUUGAUGUUGUCGGAAUGGGACUCCACGAUUACUAUGAUAUAAUUAAGCAACCCAUGGAUCUGGGUACUGUGAAGUUGAAUCUCUCUAAGAACGUGUACUCCACGCCUUCGGAUUUCGCUUCUGAUGUGAGGUUAACUUUCAACAAUGCACUGACUUAUAACCCUAAGGGCCAUGACGUAUACACCAUGGCGGAGCAGCUUCUGGCAAGGUUUGAGGAGCUGUAUCGGCCGAUGCGCGACAAAUCUGAAGGUUGGAUUAGACAAGAUCAAGAUUACGAUGAGGAAUUGCAGGCUAGUUCUUGGAGCCACGUGGAGCCGGAGAGGGUGAAAAAGAAGGAGAAUCCAAUCCCUCCUCCGAAAUUGCAACAAGAGCCUCCCCAGCCCCCUGCGAGUUCAUCAAACCCCCCAUUGUUGCAGUCUCCUGUGCGCACGCCAUCUCCAAUGCGAGCCCCUCCUGUGAAGCCUUUGAAACAACCGAAGCCAAAGGCUAAGGAUCCCAACAAGAGGGAGAUGAGUCUGGAGGAGAAACACAAAUUGGGGUUAGGGUUGCAGAGUUUGCCAGCAGAGAAAAUGGAACAGGUGGUGCAGAUCAUAAGGAGGAGGAACGGGCAUUUGAAGCAGGAUGGGGAUGAGAUCGAGCUAGAUAUUGAGGCUGUUGACACAGAGACCCUUUGGGAACUUGAUCGGUUAGUGACUAAUUAUAAGAAGAUGGUUAGCAAGAUUAAGAGGCAGGCAUUGAUGGGCAAUAUUAACAACAACAAUGAGCAGUCUAGCAGAGGGAACGGGGAAUUGGCUGCUAGCGAGAAGGUUGAUGGGGGUGCAAUUGAGGUGAAGAAGCCGAAGAAAGUAGAAGCAGGGGAUGAGGAUAUUGACAUUGGAGACGAGAUGCCAAUGAGUAUGUUUCCCCCUGUGGAGAUUGAGAAAGAUAAAGAUGUUGGUGGAGGGCAUGCAAGCAGUAGUUCUAGUAGCUCUGGCAGUUCAAGCAGUGAUUCAUCAUCGUCAAGUGAUUCGGAUUCAGGGAGUUCCUCGGGGAGCGAUUCUGAAGCAGACAAUGGGCAUUUGUAGCAGUCCACCCCUUGUGAUUUUGGAACUUAUGAUCAAACUGAUCUUUUGGGGUAGGCGGGUAAAGAAAAUGGUUGCUUUAUUUGCUUCCUCUGAGGGCUCGCUUGAAUGCAUGAGGGAUUGUGACCGUUUGUUAGUUCGUUUUGGUGAAAGUAGUAACGGUUGGAUUGUGGCGCCGACCACUUGCUCCAGGACUUGUGGUGUCAUAGUUGUACAAAUGAUUUGGAAACCGAAGUAAUCGUCAAAACAAUCUGUAGGCCAGAAAGUAGGCUUAAAUGUGGUGAAAAUUCUAGGAUAGAAUCGUUAAAGGUUAGGAAUAGAUCCGAGAGAAUUAGUGUUUUUUGAGUUUUACCUUGUACACAUUACAACAGUAAAUAGAAUGGAACAACCUUCUUUGAAAAA